AUGGCCCUCGACGAAGCCGAAGGCCGGUACGACGACUACCGUAGCAUCUAUACGCCAGGCAUUGGCUUCGACGCCCCCAGGCCUACCGUCCCCUGUGGUUCAGCCAUCCUGGACCCAGACAAUGGCAUCACCGAGGACACCAUCUCACCGAUAUUCAAGCCCUUGAACAUACGGGGCGUGACGUUCCAGAACCGCAUCUUCCUGGCGCCCAUGUGCAUGUACAGUUGCAAGGAUGGGAAGCUAUCCGACUUUCACGUCGCUCACUACGGCCAAUACGCCAUCCGCGGCGUGCCCCUGAUUACGAUUGAAGCCACCGCCGUAGUUCCUCAGGGUCUCAAUACGCCCCAGGAUAACGGCUUGUGGUCGGACGACCAAAUCCCUCCUCUGAGACGAGUGGUCGAAAUGGUCCACUCCCAGUCGCAGCACAUCGCCAUCCAGCUUCAACACGCAGGUCGGAAGGCGGGCGUGUGUCCACCGUGGCUGGGGCUGAAGGCUGUCCCAGACAAAUUCGGCGGCAUCACGACCAAAGUGCAGGGGCCGAGCCCGGAGCCCUGGAACGACAACUAUUGCACGCCCUCUGAAAUGACGGAACAGGAGAUCCUGGAGGUCAUUGACGCUUUCGGCGCCGCUGCUGCCAGGGCGGUCAAGGCUGGCGUCGACGUUGUCGCCGUUCAUGGAGCUCAUGGAUAUUUGAUUCAUUCUUUCGCCAGUCCUGCGUCUAACAAGCGCACGGAUGGAUGGGGAGGCAGCUUCGAGAAUCGCAUCCGGUUCGGUGUCGAAGUAGUUCGCGCCAUCCGUCGCACCGUGCCAGCCUCUACCCUGCUGUUCUGGAAGAUUUCGGCCGUUGACUGGCUGCCACCUGGCGAAGGAUGGGAGCUUGAAGAUACGAUCCGCUACGCUUCGAUCCUGCGUGACGAAGGCGUCGACUUCCUCGAUGUCUCGAGCGGCGGUACCGACAGAAACCAGAAAGUCCAGAUCUCUCCUGGCUAUCAAGUCAAGUUUGCCGAGGCGGUCAAGAAAACCACGCCAGGACUACUGGUUGGGGCGGUGGGAUGGAUCAGAGACGGGAAGACGGUUGAAGAGAUCAUUCGAUCCGGAAAAGCCGAUGCUGUAUCGAUUGCGAGAGAAUUCCUCAGAGAUCCCAACUUUGUUCAUCGCGUUGCGAACGAAGUCGGCACCAGGAUCGCUUGGAUCGACCAGUAUCAUCGUGCACCGAUCUAUGGUCGCAAUGUUGAAAGUACGACGAACAUUUCCACCGACGCCAAAGCAGACGACAAGGUGACACUGUCGGAUGACAAGCAACAACGAAAUAAGACGAUCGUGAUUCAGUAG